AUGUCUUCAAUCACUCAAGAACAAUCCGACGCUAUAAAUCAUAUAGUUCUUCCUCUGCAUCUCAUUUCUCUCAUUUCUUCUCUUACCGCAUGUAUAACGUUUAGCUUAAUUCGAAUAUACUAUCCUAAACUCGCAGAUCGAGUUUCAUUUCGUUUAACUUUUGUGGCUUUAUUCUGCGAUAUAGGUUAUGCUAGUCAUAAUUUAGCUAUUACUAUUUGGAAUCAAAUUCCCGGUUUAUGGUGUGGAUACGCGGCUUGGGGAACUGUAUUUUUUCCUCUUUGUUCUAUAUUUUUUAUUGAUUGUAUAGCUUUGAACCUUCAUAUAAUAUUCGUAAACGAAUAUAGGCCUCGUUAUAAUUUUGAGAAAUAUUAUUUUAUAAUUGCAUUUUCUUUUGCGCUUUUCCUCUCUCUCCUUCCCGCUACCGCUAAUAUGUACGGUUACGAUGCACCCGAAUCGGGUUGUUGGUAUCGUGAUUCGGGUCAAACACAUAAUAUAAUAUGGGAAUGGGUUACUUUAUUUGGUUGGAUAGAUGCAUCCAUAUUAUAUUGUACGACCGUUGUUAUUAUGAUCAUUUGGAAACUUAGAACUGUGUCAAAACAAGUUGAAAUUUUAAAAUCUUCGAAUUCUCAAUCAUCUGAUUCUCCUACCUUAAUUAAUAAGAAAUUGGUUUCCUCGGUUGUUAGAAGAGUCAUGUGGUAUCCUAUAGUGCCAUUGGUAGCUCAAUUUUUUAACUCAUACGUUGAAACGUAUGCUUAUGUUAAUAAUGGUGAUGUCCCUUUUUCUAUAUUUUCACUUUGUCUAUUUGGCAUAUCAAUUCAAGGAUUACUAAAUUCUUUAGUAUUUGCUCAAGAUAUUGCUGUCACUCAUGCUUUCAAAGCUGUUAAACUACAUUGGUGGGUCACCAUUGUUAGCUCUUAUGAGUCUCACUAUCCUCAUCGAUCUCACAAUAAAGCCAUUACAAAUGAGUACGACAUGCUUAGAAAAUCUAAUGAUUUUAUUGAAUUGAAAGCUCUGAAUUCCAACAAUGCUGAUUACAUUAAAAACGAUAUUAUCCUCAAUAUUUCUUCUACUCUGGUUAAAAAAGAUGAUUCAAAACAGGAUAUAACUCCUGACAAUCAAUAUAAUGAUCAGAAUAUUUAUUUAGUUCACCCUGAAUCGGUUCAUUUAAAAGAUUCCUCAACAGAUUUAUCACCCGAUAGUUUAAAUCCAUCAACUUCAUCAAAUCUAUUGAUAGGUAAUCCUAGAAAUAAUGUAAUUGAUAUUUCAAACCUUGUAGUUGGUGAUGAAGAAAAUCAAAUUAAUAUUACUUUUGUUGAUGGUGAACCAACAAAAAGAAUAUCAGAAGAGUUUCCUGAAGAAGUUAAGAUGCUUAAAUUGACAUUAAAAAG